AUGGCAGAACCAUCGCUGCCACGCGGCCCUGCCAUCGAUGUCUGGCUUUCGGGCAUGCCAGAUCUGCCACAAGUCGUGGAGGACAAUCCCCCGUUUCUGUCCUCGGAGAGCGGGAGGAGUCCGUCUCCUGACCGCGAAGAAUCCCACCAACCUGCUAGCCUCAUACACCGGCUCCAGCACCUCGAUAAGCCCGUCCUGCACCUCCCCCUUUUGGGCGGCCGAGAAGGCGCCCAGCAGCUCCCUGAGGAUGUGCGACAACUGGAAUGUGACAUUUUGGAGGUCUCGAGAUACAGCAAGGGCAUCUAUCCCGCCGAGAUACGCUCGGAGAUUGAAGCCCUUUCGGGGUGUCUCCCACCCCCGGAUUUUGCUUACCGGAACGAGGAAGAAACGAGGGAAGAGAAGCAGAAAAAGGACGACGACGAAGGACCCCGGUCUUUUGGCUGGUUACGUCUUUCGCGUCUGUUGUUUACGGACAGGCCAGAGGCCUCGCUCCGGACCCGAUACGCGCUUUCCGAGCUCGACAAGAUCCGGGACCUCGGGCGCAUUGCAAGAGAGUGCCGUCGCCUCGAGCGCUGCGAGGCGGCGUGGAACGCAGAGCUCCACGGGCCGCUGCUGAAGCUCGCCCUGUCGAGACAGGGGCGGUCUGGGUCUGUUACCUACGAGAACGCGACAUCGGCCAGAAUCCUAUCUUGCUUCCGCCCGACUUUUGUCACUGGUGACCUGUGGGAUUUAUCCGGGCGCGAAGAGGUGGACUAUGUGAUUGCGCCUCGCAUCAGCCCGGAAGUCGACGCGGCCAUCGAGGAGCGGCUGCUCAAGGCGUACAUGCUGGCCGAGCCCACUGCCGGCGCGCAGGCCCAGGACCAGCUGCAUGUGAACCAGACGGGUUAUCCGCCUCUCGCGCGGUCUCCGACGGCGAUUUCGAUCGCGGUCACGGUGGGCUCGGCCGAUACCGAAAUGACCCGCCUGCAACUGGGGAUCUGGACGGCGGCGUGGCACAAGCGUAUGGAGAUGCUCGGCGUGGGCGGUGGCAAGCAAGGCCCCCCGCUUCCCACACUACCCCUCAUCUUCGUUUACCAACACCACUGGUCACUCUACUUUGCCGUCGACCGUUUGGACAGGAUUGAGAUUUGCGGCCCUACCGAGAUUGGUUCGAGCAGUAAUUCCUUAGACAUUUAUCGGCUGGUUGCUGUGCUCGAAACGCUUGGUGGUUGGGUCGAUACCGUUUUUCGCAACUGGGUUACCGAUACCUUCAGUCCCCAUCCCGGUGUCACUGUGGACGCAGACGCAGAUGUAGAUGUUACCUAG